AUGCCGCAAUCACACAGGAACAUUCAGGAAACUUCCCGCAACACCCUAGUAAAAUACCAGAGAAGAACCACUCACGUUUGCUUCAGAAGUGUAAAAAUCUGGUUUGUUGGUUCUGAACAUUUCUUCAUUUUCUCUGUCUGCAGUCGGAACCAGUUGUCCACUCUGCCUGCACAUCUGUGCCGUCUGCCUCUCAAAGUCCUGAUCGCCUGCAAUAACAAGCUGGUAUCGCUGCCAGAAGACCUGGGCAAACUCAGACAGCUCACUGAACUGGAUGUCAGCUGUAAUGAGAUCCAGACCCUUCCUCCUCAGAUCGGUCAGUUGGAAGCUCUGCGUGACCUCAACAUUCGCCGGAACCACCUCGUCCGCCUGCCUCCAGAGCUGGCAGAGCUUCCGUUGGUACGGCUUGAUUUCUCCUGUAACAAGGUGACGUCGAUUCCCGUGUGCUACCGUAAUCUCAGACACCUGCAGAGCAUCAUUCUCGACAACAACCCGCUUCAGAGCCCACCUGCACAGAUCUGUAUAAAGGGAAAGAUCCACAUAUUUAAAUAUCUAAACAUGGAGGCGUGUAAAGCAGCGUCAGACCUUCCGGAUUAUGACAGAAGACCACUUCCCUUCGGCUCCUGUGCUGAAGAUCUGUAUUCCGGCCGGCCGUACGGAGCGCUGGAUUCUGGCUUCAACAGUGUGGACAGCGGAGACAAGAGGUGGUCUGGAAAUGAGCCUUCAGACGAAUUUUCUGACCUGCCGUUGAGAGUGGCAGAAAUCACCAAAGACCAAAGACAGCGGAGAGAGCGAGAGGAGCUGCGGACGGGCUCUCACAUCAGUAAUGGAACAUUGGACUCUGAGAUUGAGCAGAUCGACUUUAUCGACAGCUGUACAGGAGAAGAGGAUGAGGAAGAUGGGCGGAGCCGUCGAGGGACAGAGCCAGUCAGCCUCAGCUCCCAGUUCAUGGCCUACAUUGAAAGACGAAUAACCAGAGAAGGCUCACCUGUGAAGACAAGCCCAUCCAGAGACUUCAGAGCUGAUGACUCGAAACGCCAAAGCUCCUUACAUAACCGCUCUGGGUCAGAUGUGUCCUCACACUCUCAUCAGCGGGUCGCUGGUGUGACGUCAGGAUCUGGUGCUGGUGUGGAAAGAGUGAGACGAGAAGCUCAGAUAGCAGCGCUGCGGUACGAGGAGGAACGACAGAGAAACAAAUCCGUGCAGAGAGACGCUGUUAUGAACUUUGUCAAGAAUAAGUCGUCUCCGAGCCCUACGAAGCUCAGUCCAACAGACAGUGAGAGUCUGUACCCCUCCAGACGGUCCACUCACACAGACGACUCCGCCCUCUUUAUGAGUGAGUUUGAACCUCUACUCAUAUUUGAGAUAGAUACAGAUACCAACACAAUAAAGAAGAGACCAGACCCUCACAAACAGUGUCUCUCUGCUUUUCCACUGGAUGGCUGUGUGUCUCCUGUUUUAGCCGUCGCCCCCUCCUGUACGCUGCAGCAAGGGGAAGAUUAUGCCGCGCUGUCUCCCACCGCUCUCCAAUCACCCACUUACCCUAGCCCAUCUGCCCCGCCCCCUUCACGCAGCUCCACCCAGCGACCUGAGAGUUACCUGUUUCGUCUGAGUCAGCGAGAGAAGAAGAAAGGAGAUUCCGGCGUGCAGAGGGCAGAGUCUACAGAAACCACUCCCACGCAAAGUCCGGCCCCAAUAGGAGAGGAGGCGGACCUGAUAGAGCAGCUGAGAAGGAAUAUAGAGUGUCGACUCAAGGUGUCUCUGCCCAGCGAUCUCGGGGCGGCUUUGACUGACGGGGUCGUGUUGUGCCAUCUGGCCAAUCACGUGCGUCCUCGGUCCAUACCCAGCAUCCAUGUACCCUCACCGGCAGUGCCCAAACUGACAAUGGCCAAGUGUCGACGGAAUGUGGAGAACUUCCUGGAAGCGUGUCGCAGGAUUGGAGUCCCUCAGAAACAGCUGUGUCUGCCCAUGCACGUCCUGGAAGAGAGGGGUUUGUCUCAGGUGGCCGGAACAGUUCAAGCUCUCUUGGAUUUGGCCCCUCCGAAGCAGACUUCAUCCUCCAGCUCCACCCCGACCAAUCCCAGCACUACCUCCCCCCUCGCUCUGUGAGACUGACGCUCAGACUGACCCGUGAACAGACGAAUCGCAAGGAAGCUCCUCUUAUUCACGUGAAAAAUCUUAGAAAGGCUCAUAAACGGUUCUGUGAUGGUAACACUCCAAAACACACAAACACACUAGCCGCUUUGUGAACACACAACAGCCCUCAGAUGACAAACAGCAAACGCAAUAGAGACUUCUUUAAAACAAUGCUCGUCUUUUAACAGUUAUUUUACACUUUGUUAUCUUUGACUAUUAUGGGUGGUGUUUAAUUUUUAGUAUUUUGUAUUAUUAUUAUGACUAUUGUUAUUAUUGUUCACAGACUCUCAGAUGAUGUGGGUAUGAGGCCAAAUGCAGUUUUGUCAAUGUCUGACUCAUAUUUGAUCACACACACACACAACCCCCCCCCCCCGGAAAAAGUCAAUGAUGUCUGAGUAAGAUCAUUAAGAUUUAUCUCAUUAUCUGAAAUGAUAAUACUGUAACAAUUCAUUCUUAAUGGUCCUAAUACAGGCUUUAUCAUCUUCCUACAGAAUACGAUUCUUUAUAAUUUAUUUUCAUUUUUGACCCAGGCGGGUGAUUGCUCACUUAUCUGAGAGUUAAUAUAAAAACCCUGUUUUAUUUCACCACAAAAUCUAAAGCUAUCAGAAACAAUGCUCACAUAUAUUAAUAAUCAUUUUUUUAUUUUCAUGGCAGUGUAGCACGAUUCCUUCCUAAUUGAUCAUUAUUGUAAUUCAGUAAACGUUCCUAUUGGAGCAAUAUUGCCAGUUAUUUACACUGCAUUAUUCGUUGCAUUGCAUUUUUAAGCAAAAUACAAUUUUCGUCUUUUGAUUUUUUGGUGAAAUAGGAGCAGGAUGUUUAAUUAAAUAGUUGAACAAUUAAAAACGGCAUGUAUUUGAGUGAAGUACACUAAUUCAGAACGGUCUGAUGCAUGAGGGAUGCAGACUACAUCAUUGUCUACUACACAGGAGACGAGCUGGAGCUUUAGUAUGUAGCGACAGGGUUAUGUUUUAAAGGACACUUUUAGUACUACAAUCAAAGAAAACUAUUAAAACUAAGCAUGAGCUCGCAGACUUUAUCGACCUUGUAAAAUGGAGAGGUAUAGUGAUAUAGAGCAAGGUUUAGGCACAGGUGCAUGACGGGCACAAGUUGUUUUUAAACAAAUAUAUGCAAAGUUUGAACGAGAAACACAGUAAAUUAACGAAUGCAACACUUAUAUUUUUAUUGCUUUUGGUUUGCUGAUGUUUGUAAAAUUGAUGGUAAAUAUGUGCAAACACUAGGGCUGAUCGCGUUGCUGUUAUGUUUCUACAUGUAACAUGUCUUGCAUGCAGGGAAUUCUGGGUGCUGGGAGUUAGACAGAAAUGGGGUGGCAAAAGCUGUUUUGUAUUUUAAAUGUAAAAAUAGUCACCUCUGCAUGGCUUGCUCUUACGUUAUGUAUGCCAACACACCACAAAUUUCCUCCUGGGGCCGGAGCUGGAUUUGGGCCCUAAGUCUGAGAUCCAAAGACAUGCUUCAAGGUUUUAUGCUGUGCCAGAAGACUGAUCUGACAUCAGUAGACUGCUGCCAGGGUUCCUAGAGUGACUUCUGAACUUCCAGCUGUGUUUGGUUCGCAUACUCAAGCUGAGGGUGAAUCUCACGAAACCUGUCCGGGUUUCAGUAAGAACCCAUUGUGAGAUUAUUUUUAUGACAAUUCAACACGUUUGUCUCCACGAUUGCAUCAUGCAAAAACAUCAUUCUCAUUACAGUAAUGACAAAAAAAUGAUAUCUAGUAGUAUAAAUUGUAAAGUAUUUAUCAUGGUAAUAUAAGAUAAAAUAUUUAAAAUAUGUUACAGUAUUCGUAUUGCAAUACAACUAAAUGUGAAACAUUAAAAGUAAUUGCAAAAAAGUCCAAUUGCAUAUUGGUAAUGAGAAUGUAGGAGGAAAUAUGUUUAAUUGCCAUAAAAUCAAUAUUAAUAAUUCUUAAAAUGGUUGAAUUAUCUUCAGGUUAUUUCAUUACGUGUUUGGGGUAAAACACUGACGUGCAUAUUUUUUCGUGAGAUUCACCCACGUGUUCAUGAGCAUGCCGUUUUAUUUCCUUGGAGUUCUAAGGUUCUACAGCAGCAUUUAUAACAACAAACCGCUUCCUCCUCAACAUCUUUGAGACUGAAACAAUGGAAGCAAAGAUUGAUGGAUGAAGAGAUUAGAAAACAGGAUCAAUUGAGUUACUUUUUUAACUUGCUUUUUUUAGAAGCUUUAAAAGGGAAGUUAAAAGAGUUUAUAUAUAUAUAUAUUAUUAUUACAAAAGGUUUUGUGUAGAUAUUUUAGUUUGUUUGUCUUUUCUCUUUCUAAAAUAAAUAUCUUUGACAAGGGUGUUUCCCCAGCAGAAAUCAGUUGUUUUCUUCUGCAGGGUAUGUCUCUGCGUGUCUGUACAGUAAAGAAAUACAUUCCAUACGUUUACAAGUAUGUACCACUGUCCACCCACGAAACAAGAGGAUUGUGUGCUUUCAGACAGAUGACACGUUUGCCCUUUUUUAGGUUUUUAUUUUCACUGCGUUUUUGAACACGUCCCAGCAAAACUUUUACUGUAAUGAUUUUACUUUAGUAAAAGAUGGAAAUAUUUUCUGCUAUGAAUAUUUGGAUUUAUUGUGAAAUACAUAAUAAAAAAGG